ACGUAUACACACACACACACACACACACACACACACACACAUACCCUACAAGGAACAGACUGUAUUUGACAGACUAUGAACACUACGACUGAUCAAACUAUUCUCACUAUUAACACUAACUAAUCAGGACUAACUAGUGCUAAUAAUCAUCAUGGUGUAUUGGUGGAGUUUCUCAGCUGAAACAUGGGCUCUGAUCCUGAUCUUCAUCAGUCUCCUCCUGCUGUAUGGGUACUGGCCGUACAGUCUCUUUAAGCGUUUGGGAGUUUCUGGUCCUAAACCGGUACCAUUUUUUGGAACCAUGUUAGAAUAUCGUAAGGGAAUGCAUAAUUUUGAUAUGGAGUGUUUUCAGAAGUACGGCAAGAUUUGGGGGAUGUAUGACGCGAGACAGCCGGUCCUCUGUAUCAUGGACACAGAGAUCAUCAAAUCUGUCCUGAUUAAAGAGUGUUACUCUCUGUUCACCAACCGCAGAAAUUUUCGCCUAAACGGUCCUCUGUACGACGCUGUGUCCAUCAUCGAGGACGAGGACUGGAGGAGAAUCAGGAGUGUUCUUUCUCCAUCGUUCACCAGUGGCAGACUGAAGGAGAUGUUUGGAAUCAUGAAGUCACAUUCACGCUCGUUGGUUAAAAAUCUGCAGAAGGUGUCUGAGCGAGGAGAAUCAGCAGAUAUUAAAGAGUUUUUUGGAGCAUACAGUAUGGAUGUGGUGACGAGCACAGCGUUUAGUGUCGAUAUCGACUCCCUGAACAACCCCAAAGAUCCGUUUGUGACCAACAUCAAGAAACUGCUGAAGUUCGACCUCUUCAACCCUCUGUUCCUCGCCGUCGCGCUGUUCCCCUUUAUUGCACCGGUGUUGGAGAAAAUGGAUUUUGGCUUUUUCCCGACUGCAGUGACUGAUUUCUUUUAUGCCUCUCUGCAAAAGAUCAAGUCUGAACGUGUGGCCCAAAAUAAUAAGAAACGAGUGGACUUCAUGCAGCUGAUGAUCGAUUCUCAGAAAUCAGACAAAAACGAGCUGAACAGCAAAGAAACCAACAAAGGUCUAAAUGAUCAUGAGAUUCUGUCCCAGUCCAUGAUCUUCAUCUUUGCUGGUUAUGAGACGAGCAGCAGCACUCUGUCAUUUUUCUUCUACAAUCUGGCCAGUAAUCCAGAGACGAUGAAGAAACUCCAGAAAGAAAUCGAUGAAACCUUCCCUAAUAAGGCUGAAGUUGAUUAUGAUGCUGUGAUAAACAUGGACUAUCUGGAUGCUGCUCUGAGUGAGUCACUCAGGUUGUACCCUAUCGCUGUUCGUCUGGAAAGAGUCUGCAAGAAAACUGUGGAGAUAAAAGGCCUCACCAUCCCAAAGGAUGUGGUCAUACUGAUCCCCACUUAUGCCCUACAUAGGGACCCUGACUACUGGACUGAUCCAGAGACCUUCAACCCUGAGAGGUUCACUCAGGAGAACAAGGAGAGCAUCGAGCAGUCUGCAUACCUGCCGUUUGGUUUAGGACCCAGGAACUGCAUCGGCAUGAGGUUUGCCCUCGUGGCCAUGAAGCUGGCUGUUGUUGAAAUACUUCAGAGAUUUGACAUCAGUCUUUCUGAGGAGAUGAAGGUUCCUCUGGAGCUGAACACCACUGGAUUUCUGGCUCCUAAAGACCCAAUAAAACUUAAAUUCACACCAAGGAAAAUGUCAAACACGUAGAAUCUGCUUCCUUUGCUUACAGUUAGUCUUUAUUAUGUCGCUUUGUAGAAGCCAACAUUCUGUUUUUCUGUUUCAGCUUAGACAAAAAUGUAUAAAAUUUAAUGCAGCCUAGAGCUUUCGAGCCACAUGCACCAAAUUCAGAUAUGUUGUAGACGCUGGUCUGAUGUUUGUUGCUGUUACUUUUCUAAGCGAUCCGAGUACCAGUACUUCCGGUACUGGGUCUCAAAGUGGCCUUUUUUCCCAUAGACUCCCAUUAUAAACUUUGGAGGUUUAUAACUCGGCAAGCUUUUGAACUAUCUACACCAAACUCGGCCAGCUCCUUUAGGGUGAGACUCUGAACAAACUUUUAAAUUGGUGUACCGACUGGCAUUUCGGUUGUCCCGCAGCCCCGCCCCCAAAAUAUGCAAAAUCAACUUUUUACAACAUGGACAUGUGACAUAUCAAAACACUCAGAACAAUGAGGGGAACUUCCUCACAUGUAUUCUGAUGACGUCACGUGACGUCACGUGAAAAUCAAAAAUUAGCACAUGAACAUGUGACAUAUCAAAACAAUCAGCCCAAUGAGGGGAACUUCCUCAGGAGUAUUCAGAUGACGUCACAUGCUCGUUUCCACUUGCCUCCAAAUGUUUUGGCACCCUAUCUUUCUGUCCACUUGCCUCCAAAAGUAACACUGACCCUUAUGUCCACUCGCCUCCUAAAAGCACCAACCUUUGCAAAUCCUUGCCUCAUCACAGCCAACAUCAAAGUUUGUCGCAACGAACUUUACAAAUCUAGAUUGGAAUUAAAAUUCAAGUUAUAAUAAUAAUAAUAAUGAAGAAGACAAUAAAAUUCCAGUGUGAAAUGUUGAAACUAAUCUCUCUUAUUAACACACUAUCAUGGGGAGAGUUAGAAUUCAGGUAACAGAUGUUUCUUGUGAUUUUGUUGUGCUACAGCAUCAUUCUAGGAAAACCUUAAAGCUAUUUCAGAUUUACUGUGUGUGGAGUUUCACAUCUUCUCUGUGUCCAUGAGACGUUCCAGUGAGCUGCACCUCAAGGUGUUCAAUUACUUGAUGCUUUGCUUGUAACCUUUAAACAAAUUCAAGUUCAUUACUAUUUGUAUUCUCUUAUCACAAACUGAUUUGUUAGUAUAAAUAAAGUUGAACUUAACGAGUG